AUGUCCGAAACUACCAUACCAUCACCUAUCGGCACCCCGCAAGAUGAGGAGAAGGGCUUAGAACCACCGGUGUCUGAGAGCCCUGCUAUGGACUCUCUCCCACCAGAGGGUGGCCUUCGAGGUUGGCUAUGUUGCGCCGGUGGCUCCCUAGGUCUGUUCGCUACCUUGGGUUUCUUGAACGCCAUUGGUAUCUUCCAAACCACCUACCAAGAGACUCUUUUGAAGGACUACACCUCUUCCGAUAUUUCAUGGAUCUUUACAAUCCAGCUCGCUCUCAUUUGGGCUCCAGGCUCGUUGUUCGGUCGGAUUGUAGACACCUACGGACCGCGCCCGGUCAUGCUCCCAUGUGCCUUCCUUUGCGUCUUCUCACUGUGCAUGACAAGUCUUUGCACCGAAUACUAUCAGAUCAUCUUGGCCCAAGGAGUUUGCUAUGGAAUUGGAGCUGGAGGUGUUUUCACCACCUGCUUGGUCUGCGUGAGCCAGUGGUUCGUCAAGCAGCGAGGCCUUGCUAUGGGAAUUACUGUCGCGGGUAGCAGUAUUGGGGGUGUGAUAUUCCCAUUCUUUCUUCAACUGGUAAUGGAGGACGUGGGGUUUAAUGGCAUGGUGCGCUACACAGCGCUGUUCGUAGGCAUCAUUUUAAUUGGUGCCUUCUUUCUUGUUAGUGCGAGACUGCCUCCCAAGAAAUGGAACUCAGACAUGGCAUGGUUUGACUUCACACUGUUCAAAAACCGGGGCUUUGCAUUCUAUGCCCUUGGUUCUUAUUUUGUGAUGUGGGGGUUGUGGGCACCUUUCGAUUAUCUUCCUAGCAUGGCCCAAUUGUCGGGCAUGUCGGAUUCACUGGCCCUCUACCUGAUCGCUAUCGUGAAUGCGGCUUCAUUUUUCGGAAGAGUUAUUCCCGGACAUAUCGGAGACAGUGUGGGAUACUUUAAUGUCAUUACCGCCUCCGCCUUCCUAAGCUCCCUCAUGAUCCUCUGUUUAUGGCUGCCUUUCGAUUACCAUUAUUCAAAUGCUGGCCUCAUCGUUUUUGCUGUGGCUUACGGCUUUUUCAGCGGCGCCUUCGUUAGCAUCAUGAUGCCCUGUUGCGCCAAGUCUGGCAGCCUCGAGACUCUGGGGAGACAGAUAGGUACUUAUCAGGGUGUUAUAGCUGUCUCCUGUCUUACGGGUCUACCGAUCAUGGGAGCUAUCUUGGGAAGGCAGCAUGAUUCAACCUAUGAGGGCAUGCAAGUAUUUGCCAUUGUGACCAUGUUUAUCGGUUCCGUGUUCCUCUUGGUUUCUCGUAAUAUCCUGGCUGCGGCUCACGGGACAUCGAGAUAUUGA